AGCGUCAGCUAGUAUAAUAAUAAAAGUAUUGCUCUUUGUAGCGUGGUAUUAGAUAAUAAAAAUUCUACACAAUGAAUUGUAUGACUUUGUAAUGAAGCGAUCAAUAGUUAAUUUUUUUAUGUCAAAUCUUUAUCGUUUCUAUACAUACGCAAUUUAUUUUGCACGCGUGAUGUAAUUGUCGGGGAAAUGAAUUUCACUUUUUUAUGUUUAGUCAUCUGUCUGUGUGUUCUAUUGUUUGAAGUUCAAGCGCGUUACAAUACAGAUGUCCUAUGUGUUAUUGAAAAGGACAAUGUAUUAUAUUGCAUAAAGAGUUACAUGUCAAGCCGUAGAACAAAUCAGGAUGACAAUCUUCCUUCACACGAACCCUAUUUUCCGACCGCAAAAAAUGGUGUCUUUUACAACUGUUCAUCACUGGAAUGUAGAAGCGUUAAAAUAUACUCCCUGAUUCAACUAGCUUCUCCACGAGCAGCUCUUAAAUACUGCUACCAACAGCCAUCUGAAAGCUAUCAGUGCGAGCCUGUCAAGUAUCAUUAUUAUAAAAAUAUUGACAAGUUGUUGUUCUUGUCCAACAACAUUCCAAAUAAUAUAUUCUAUUUGAUCGAUUGCUUAGCGUACGGUGACGGUGGGCGGGUGUGCCAUAAGAAGGAUGUUGAUUCACACACCAAAUUGGUAGACAUUGGGAAUAUAGCGAGGCCGAAUGAAUCCAACGUAUUGUCGCAGGAAGAAUUAUUAUGCGAACAGAGUGAAAACAAAAUCAAUUGUGAUCUAAAUCUUUACGUGCCGUAUUCUGAUGGACUUAGAGCGAAAGAGUUAAUCAAAACUGAUAACAAAAUACUUUUAAAAACUGAAACUAAUAUAGUAGUAUUAAAUUAUAAUUGUUUGGAGUCAUGGUGUGGUUAUAGUACUCUUAAUCAACCAACACGUAGAUCACAUUAUGAACCACCCGGCGGUAAAAUGUACAGAUGUUACUAUGCCCAAAGACAACAGAUAUGCAAGAAAAUGUAUGGGAGCCCUUUGAAUAUUUAUAAUCAACGCGAUUGGUUAAGUUCUUGAUUAACGUUGAAUAAUUAAAUUGUUUUGGUAUGUACGCUUAAUACUUAAUAUCCCUUGACCCGAAAAAAAUCAAUUGUAUUCCCUACUUGGUAUCUAGAUGAAACAAAAGAAUUAAUACAAGCAGCUACAUUUUUGUUUAUUAUACAUACUAGUAAGAAUACAUUGUAAUGUUAACAUUAUUUAUUAAUUCAUUAUUCUGCUUGGAAAGUAAAUUUUUGAAUUGUUGAAAAUAAAUUAUUCAUGUAUUCAUUUCCCAAAAUGCA